UUCAGCCAGACGCUCUCGAGUGGUAGCGCUCCAAGACGCAGCGCCACAGAAAUUCAAGUGCACUUUUCCCUCUUCGCUCUUACCGUCUGUCAGCCAGAGCAGUGAACAGACGUGACUCAAUAGGCAUGCACCAUUUAAAGAAGACCGUUAAUCCCAGCCGUCUCUGUCAAAACCGUUUUGUUGCCAGAUAGACAGGAGACAAUACCACGGUCGACAUCAAUAUUUUCAAACUAUUUUUAUUUUAGUUUUUUUGCUAUAAUGAACGACAUCAAACUUGCAGUACUGGGGAGCGAGGGGGUCGGAAAAUCAGCCCUCAUCGUGCGAUUCCUUACAAGGCGAUUCAUUGGGGAAUAUGCGUCAUCCUCAGAGUGUAUAUACAGAAAGCGUCUGUCUAUUGAUGGAAGGCAGUUGAAUCUCGAGCUUUACGAUCCCUGCUCACAGCCUUGUGAGGGGAAGUCCUCGCUGAACGAGCAGAUGCACUGGGCGGACGGCUUCGUGGUCGUCUACGACAUCAGCGACAGGUCGUCCUUCGUCGCCGCCAAAGCCAUCGUGCACCUGAUCCGGGAGCUCCACCUGGGAGUGACCAAAAGAGACAUGGACUCCGUGGUGUUCCUGGUGGGCAACAAGCAGGACCUGUGCCACGUGCGGGAGGUCAGCCGGGAGGAGGGCCAGCGGCUGGCCGCCGAGGGCAAGUGCCAGUUCUACGAGCUGUCCGCCGCCGAGCACUACCAGGAGGUGGCGCUCAUGUUCUCCAAGGUGGCGCGCAACGCCGGCCUGAGCGGCAAGGCCAAGGACCGCCGGCGGCCGAGCGGCUCCAAGUCCAUGGCCAAGCUGAUCAACAACGUCUUCGGCAAGAGGAGGAAGUCGGUGUAGAGCACAUGCAUACGCCCGCCUGCGUACACCAGCCUGUGUACGCUAGCCUGCGUACGGCAGCCUGUGUAUGCCAGCCUCCGUAUGCCCGCCUGCGUACACCCGCCUGUGUACACUAGCCUGCAUACGCUAGCCUGUGUAUGCCAGCCUGUGUACGCCAGCCUGUGUAUACUAGCCUGCGUAUGCUAGCCUGGGUACGGCAGCCUGUGUACACUAGCCUGCAUAUCCCCGCCUGCGUACGCCCGCCUGUGUACA